UCUAAGUCUCAAAGUCUCGAAGUCUCGAAGUCUCAAGUCUUUCUAAAAACCAAGUAUCUAAGUCUUGUUGCUUUUUGGAAGGAACUAGGAAGACGACUUGACUACUAAAUUGAAAGGGGAAAGAAAGCCAUUGGAAGAAGAUCAUCGUCUCUGCGUCUGUAGCAGUAGCAGUAGCGGUAACAAUUGCAGCAGCAUUACAGAUAUGACGAAAGAAGGUGUUUCUGGCAAAAAAAUGGAAACUUCCGGCGACUCUGCGUCUCUUUUGAAAGCUAUUCAGCAGCUUGAUCGGCGGAAGGAUCUCAUGGAGCUGUUAACUGAAGGGUUCUGUAAACCGUGCAGGGUUUUGUUGCAGAGUCGCUUUAAGAAUCUCUGUAUUGGAAAAAUUGAUAUGCUAUUAUCUUCAAAUGGUAAUUACUCUGAGAGCUUGGCUGAUUUCUGUUCUUGUGGUUCGUCGAGCUUGUAUUCACCAAGGAAGAGGCCCACAUCUUACAAAAAGAACCAUCGUUUGCAUGAGAAAUCCGCCCAGAGAUCGGCACGAACUCCAGAGCCCAUCUUUUCUACGAGGCACCGGUUAUCUUAUUCUGAUUUCUUGCUAUUGGAUGAAUCUAAAGAAUCUCUAGGUGAUGAUUUUGAUGACAUGUCAAGAGUUAUAAGGAAAGAUUUUGAAUAUAUAGAGAUGAUUAAUGGGAGGCCAAUAGAUAUAUUAAGUGGUCUUGAGCUUCAUACUAUAGUUUUUAAUGAGCGGGAACAGAGGGAGAUUGUUGAUUAUGUAUAUGAGCUACAGCGACAAGGACAGGAGGGGCGGCUUAGAGCACGUACAUAUUCAGAGCCAAAGAAAUGGAUGCGUGGUAAGGGGCGUGUUACAAUUCAAUUUGGUUGUUGCUACAAUUAUGCAGAGGACAAAAAAGGGAACCCUCCUGGUAUCAUGCGAGAUGAAGAAGUUGAUCCCAUUCCCUCCUUGUUCAAGAGCAUGAUCAAAAGAUUGGUUAGGUGGAAUGUCUUGCCCUCGACAUGUGUUCCGAACAGUUGCAUUGUCAACAUUUAUGACAAAGGGGACUGCAUCCCUCCUCACAUCGACCAUCACGAUUUUCUGAGGCCAUUCUGUACCGUGUCAUUCUUGACUCAAUGCAAUAUAUUAUUUGGUUCAAAUCUGAAGAUUAAGGGUGCUGGAGAAUUCUCAGGUCCAGUUGACAUACCUUUGCCUGCCGGAUCAGUUCUAGUCUUGAGUGGGAAUGGCUCUGACAUAGCCAAGCAUUGUGUUCCAAGCGUGCCCGCCAAAAGGAUAUCCAUCACAUUCAGAAAAAUGGACGAUAGAAAGUUGCCAUUUAAGUUUAAUCCUAACCCAGAGUUGCAGGGUAUUCAGCCUCUUUUUUGCUCCCCUUGGACCAAGUCUUCAGCUCAGCAGAUUCCACUCCCAAAUCCUAUUCAUCAAAAUAAGAGAGUUUCGAGCACAGCCGGCAGUUCUUUUCAGCUUGGAGAACAAGAUUUCCACCGACUUGGUGGCUUGAACUCAAGUGGCCGAUCAAGAUCUAAUAAGAGGAGCCUUGGAGAACAGGAUUUCCCCCGACUUAGUGGCUCAAAUUCAAGUGCCAAAUCAAGACCCAAUAAGAGGUGCUUUGGAGAACAAGAUUUCCCCCAACUGGAUGGCUCAAACUCAAGUGAUAGAUCAAGACCUAAAAAGAGGAGCUUUCAUUGACUAGUUCUUUUACUGUAUAGGGUCCCCCAAUUAUUUUUUCUAUUGUGUUAAGCCAUGUAUUAUCAUUGAAGUUGUUUUUAUCUCUCUCUGUUAGUAUUGGAUCAUGCUUUGUUUUUAUAAAUAAAUUUUGUUUCAUCAAA